AUGCAGCCACUCCUGCUUCUGUUGGCUUUUCUCCUGUCCCCUGGGGCUGAGGCAGGGGAGAUCAUCGGAGGCCGGGAGGCCAGGCCCCACUCCCGCCCCUACAUGGCGUAUCUUCAGAUCCAGUCCGCCAGAAACAGAAGCUUUUGUGGGGGGUUCCUGGUGCGAGAAGACUUUGUGCUGACUGCAGCUCACUGCUGGGGAAGCACGAUAGUCGCCACCCUGGGGGCCCACAACCACCUGAGGCAGGAGAGGACCCAGCAACGCAUCCCUGUGCUCAGAGCCAUACGCCACCCUCAAUACAGUCAGCAGAGAAUCCAGAAUGACAUCAUGUUACUGAAGCUGAGGAAUAGAAUCAGACGGAAUCGAGCCGUGCGCCCGAUGGCUCUACCUCAGACCGGGCAGAGACUGAGGCCUGGGGCACUGUGCACAGUGGCCGGCUGGGGCCUGGUCAGCAAGAACAGGAGAGCAGACACACUCCAAGAGGUGCAGCUGAGAGUGCAGCAGGAUCAGCAGUGCCGCCAGCUCUUCCAGUUCUACACCGCCCAAACGCAGAUUUGUGUGGGGGACCGGAGAGAGAGGAAAUCCGCCUUCAGAGGCGACUCAGGAGGCCCCCUGGUGUGUAACAAUGUGGCCCAGGGCAUCGUCUCCUAUGGAAAAGUGUCCGGGUCCCCUCCAGAUGUCUUCACCAGGAUCUCAAGCUUCCUUCCCUGGAUAAAGAGAACAAUGAGACGCUUCAAAUAGCUGGAUCAGUUGGGACCCCGCUGUGACUGAUUCCCCUUUUCUGGGGCACAGCCCAGCUCCAGAGGGUUGCCAGAGCCUUUAUAAA